AUGGCUCCGAAGAAGGCGAAGGGACCUUCCACCGCGGAGCCCCCAGGUAAAGACAAGGGGGGCAAAGACAAAGCCAAGCCAGCAACCGCCAACGCAACAACUAGCCCUGCUGAGGCCAAACCCCCCGACCGGCCUCCUGGGUUUAUUGAGAUGAAGCCAUUUCAGAGGCUGCCAAAGGAGGUGCUGCACAACCACUGUCAGAAGCACAAAAUGCCCAAGCCGCAGUACGAGCAGCGCAGGGCACCCAAGGGGUUUUUCAAAACUGAGUGCAUCCUCAGCAAUCCAAAAGACAGUUCAAAGACAAUGAGGUUUUUGACGAACGAGGAGUUUCCCUUCAAAAACCACAGUGAGAAUUUCAGUGCCUUAUUGGCUCUUUUCCAUUUGGAGCCCACUAGACCCUACGAGAAGCUCUUCCCUUCUCCAUUUAGAGAGGCGUGGCUGUCGCUGUCUGGGGAUACACCCCAGCAGCAGCAGCAGCAGCAGCAGCAGCAGCAGCAAGGAGGGACAGCAGCAGGGGGGCCGAAGAAACCGAGCGCCAAGGCCAAGACAACAAAAGGAGCUUCGACUGCGCAGCCUGCAAAGGAUGGUGCAGCUGCCGCUGACGCCGGCGAAAACGGGCUGGCAGCAGCGGGAGCAGCACGGUCUACGGAAGCAGCAGGGGCAGCAGCAGCAGGGGCAGCAGUGGCCGGGAGAGCAGCAGCAGGGCCAGCAGCAACAGGAGCAUCAACAAGAGCAUCCCAACAGAACGGACUAGGGCCCCCGCAAGGGGUCCCACCCGGUGUUUCUGAUGCAUCACCUUCUGGAGAAGUAUCAGGGCCCCCCAAAGGGGCCCCCUUCCGCGUGCAGAUAAGCAGCGCCCAUCGGUUUGCGUCUGAGUUUGAGAGGCAGCAAGCAGCGGAGAGCAAACGACUGGAGAAGGUGAGGAAAGAGAAAGAGAAAGAAUUACAGCGACUCGAAGAAGAAGCCCAAAUGCCCACCGUCUUCAUGGCCGAACUUGUCCGGAAAAAGGCUGCGCAGACACUGCGAGAACUGCUGCCGCAUGUUGCCGCCGCUCGUUCGGAGCCCGAAGCAGCAGCAGCAGCGGCGGCUGCGUCAGCAGCUGCAGAAACUGCUGCUUCUGCUUCUGCUGCGUCUACUCGCAAAGCGGGGGAAACAACCCUUCUUCCACUGCAAUGGACAGACACCAAGUGGAUGGGUGCAGUUAGCUGGGCGCUGAGAAGACAGCUAAAUUCUCAGAGAGCCGUGGGGACCCUCAAGACAAGCCUUAUGAGGGAGCUCACGGGACCCCUUCAGUUUGACAAGGGAGGAGCUGUUGCUGCAGUCGAAGCUGCUGUUGCUGCGCUCCUGAGUGCGCACCCGCUGCAGCCGCAGCAGCCCCACCAUGACCAGCAACAUCCUUCACAGAAGCAACAGAAGGAAGCAACUGCCUUGCAGCAGCUGCUGGAGAGCUGUCAGGACUUCAUUGCCCUCAACAUAACCGACGAGGGCCUGCUGCCUCCCCACUUCUCUCCUGCUGGAAAGCAAAUUGAAAUCAGGUGUCAUUCUGCCACCUCUGAGGAAUCACAGGAGCAGAAAGAGCAGCAGCAACAGCAACAGCAGGAUGAGAAAAGGACGUACAAUGCCCUGCUGCAGGCUAAGGACAGGUUCCUAGCAGCCCUUACGACCCUGACCAGUAUGCUUCCGCAGGCGGCAUCUUGUGACAGCUUGAUGCAACUGGCAGAGGCCUUGAGCUCCCUGUGCCACAACACAGGACUGCACGGCGUUGCUGCUGGGGUGCUGGAGCAGCAGCUGCAGCAGCAGCAGCAGCAGAAAGAAGGGAAGGCCGCAGUAGCAGCUGCUGGUGCUGCUCUUUCCGAUGCCUGUGCAGCAGUUGCAGCAGCUUCUGCAGCAGUUGUGGGCUCAUCAGAGGACAGGGAAAGGCGCAAUUUGUUGGAGCGUUUGGGGGGACCCCAACUCCUCUCGGAUGCAGCAGUGUUGAAGAGCAUUAAAUCCAUAAAGGAUCAGGAAAUGGAGGCUGCUGAGAGUCUCCUUGAGUGUUCGCCCCUGCGCCUUUCUGCUGCCGAGACUGCGGAAAGCAGCUUGACGGAAGAGGCUUUGAAAGGCCUUGAUGGUUUCUACUUGCAAGCCCCUCUCGACGCUGCCACUGCGUCGUCUGUCGAGAGUUGCCUGAAGGCCUCCUUAGGUGCGGAUUGCAUGCAGGGCGGAGGGUCCCAGGGGCUGCCUCCCCAGGACGGAGCGCUCGUGCUGCACGUUCUGUCUCCUCCUGGGUCUCUUUAUCCUUUCGACCCGCCAGUGGCGUGGGUGGGUGUGAAGGAAGACCCUGCGUCUCCCCGUGGGGUCCCCAUGCAAGACAAACCCCCUCCCUACGGACCCGCAGCUGGGGCCAUUUUGUGUGGGGCCUUCGCUGCACACAACGCUUCCCGGCUGGCGCGCCCUCUGCAGCAUCUGUCUGCAGAAGUCUCUUCACGACAGGAGACACUUUCCCCUCCAGUCCCAAAGCUGCUAAGCGUUCUCGCCUCGCCUACAUGCGAAACUACCGUCUCAGAGGUUGCGGCACUGCUGCAUGCAGCCUGGCAGCUGGAGGCCCACUUCGAUGACUUGCUUGCACAAGAACCCAAAGGGUCCCGUGGCAUGCAUGCACGGUGGGUGGCGGCGGCUACGGGGGCAACGUCUGUUACUCCUGCCGGUGGAGCUGCAUUAGCACAGGGAGUAGAAGUAGCGGGGGCAGCAGUCAAGAAGGAGACAGAUGAGCGCCAGCAGGAGGAGCAGUGGCGGCAGCAAGAUAACGGAGACAGCCGAGGUAGCCCGAUAUCUCACGAGACUCAUGAGGGACAGAGGAACCGCAAAGGCCUUCCAGGAGGACCUUCAACAGCAACACGACCUGGGGGCGAGCUGAAUGAAAAGGAAACAGAGCUGUGCAAGAAUAUAAUCAAUAGUGUAAAUACAGCAGCUUCGGCUGAUGCCCUGGGGCUGCCCGUGCGACAGCACUUUGAUGCUGUCGUACAGUUUGUAGCAGACCCAAGCAAGCGGGUACUUGUCCUACAGGGAGAAACAGGAUCUGGGAAGACGACACAGCUGCCUCGGAUGCUGCUGGAAGCCGCAGCCCGACUUGCGCUGCAGCAGCAACACAGCAGCAGCAGCAGCAGAGAUCAGUUUCCUGCGUACAUCGUCUGCACCCAGCCUCGCCGUCUGGCUGCCGUCUCCGUGGCUAGCCGGGUGGCCACUGAAAUGGGGGUACCCUUGGGAGGCCUCGUGGGGUAUCAAGUCCGCUUGGAAUCUCGCGUGACUCCGCAGACUCGCCUUCUCUUCUGCACCCACGGAGUCCUCUUGCGUCAGCUUCUGAGUGGCGACGCGCUGGAAAGAGUCUCCAUUGUGGUGGUGGACGAGGUACACGAGAGGUGCACAGAAGUGGAUAUGCUGCUGCUCGUCCUUGCUAAGGCCCUCGCCAUGAAGCAACACAACCUCAAGGUGGUCGUUAUGAGCGCCUCUUUGGCUGUGGAGCACUUCGCCUCGUACUUCCGCAGAGAUCGGCUUCUCGCUCUGCAGGGCAAUCUCAGCAGUCUCAACCAGCUGCAGCGAGAGCAGCUGCUGUGGCAGCAGCAGCAACUGCUGCUGCGGGAAGAGGGGGGCAGAGGCGACAGCAGCGUGGAGGUCCUCAAGGUACCUGGAAGGACGUUUCCGGUGUCUGUACACUUCCUGGAAGAGGUGUUGAAGAUGUGCGACCCCGCAUAUCUGCCUUCUGCCUAUCAAGGACCUGCUGCAGCUGCAGCAGCAGCAGCUGCUGAAGCGCGUUUUAAGGGAGGCAGACCUCAGACGACUAAGACGGAAUGGCGCGAGCAGCAGCAGGACACGUUUGCAUGCACCACCUCUGACGGACCUGACAAGAAGGCAGCAGCAGCAGCAGCAGCAGUAGCAGGGGUCCCCGUGGGCGCGUUGCCACAGCUACCGCAGCUGGUAGCAGCCGUCGUCCGUCACGUACACCUGACAGGGACUCCUUGUUCCAAGAAUCCACCAGGAGACACUCGAGGCUCCAGAGGAAACCGACAGAAACAGCAGCAGCAGCAGCAGCGGGCAGGGACAGCAAUAAUUGUUUUCUGCAGCGGAGUAGGAGAAGUGUCUGCUGUCUGCCGCGCCAUAGAGGAACUUCAAAUGGACCUAUGGGUUCUACCUUGCCACGCCUCACUGCAUCCAAAGCAACAACAAAAAGUUUUUGCUCCUCCUCCUUCUGGCUGGAGGAAGGUUGUGGUCGCCACAAACAUCGCGGAGACCUCUAUCACCAUCAGUGACGUGGGCUACGUGGUGGACUGCGGGACACACAAGGUGCUGCGGUACGACCCCGCAAAGAGGAGCAGCAAACUGCAAGAAGAACUAAUUACAAAAGCUAAUGCGCAGCAGAGAAGAGGACGUGCAGGCAGAGUCUCCGAAGGAUGCUGCCUCCGCCUCUACCAGCAGGAGGAAUUCGCGGACAUGGCACCGGUGGAGACCCCGGAGUUACACCGUCAAGCGCUGGACAAUGUCUGUCUACAGCUCAAGGCAAUCUUCCCUAACGAGCCGCUGCACAGCCUGUUCAGUCAGUGUCUUGACCCGCCAGCUCAAGAACACAUUGACGCCUCUAUCAGGCACCUGGCUCACUUAGGCGCCCUUGAGUGCGUUGGAGGGGGCUUAGGGGAGACCUUGACGCCUCUGGGCCUCUAUCUCUCUCGGUUCCCAAUGAGCAUUGCCUUCGCAAAGAUGUUAAUUUUUGCUGCUCCUCUUGGUUGUCUGGAGGAGACACUCGCCCUUUGCUCCCUCAUGGCAGCAGACGCAGAGCUCUACCUUCCAGGGGCAGAGGCAGCAGCAGAAAGGCAGAAGUACUUUGCUCGAAGCCAAUCGGAUUUCGUGAGCAGCUUGCGAGUGUUUGCUGCUUGGGAGGCGGCUGUCGCCAUGGGGAGAGCAGCCGAAGACGCUUUCUGUCUCCGUUUUGGCGUUAACGCAAACACAUGCAGGGCAGCAGAAGCCCUCAGAAAAAGAUUUAGAAGAGUGGCCAGAGAAGCAGGACUUCUCGCCAUGAUGCCUGCAGAGAACGCAGACACCCGCAACAGCCCCACCAAAGAAAUAGCGAGCAAGAGCGUAAUGCCUGUUCCUUCCGCGACAGCAGCAACAACAGCCAGCAGGAGCAGCAGCAGCAGCACCGCCGAUGACUGCGGGAGCGAUAGCGGCGACGAAGUCAUAACGCUUCGAGUUGAGGAGAUAUCUCCUGUCGCCUCUCGUUCUCCUCCUAAGGGAGAAGGGAAAGAUAAGAUGAUCAAAGACAGCAUAAAUAGCAUAUCCUGGUACAUCAAAGCAUGCGUCGUGGCUGGGCUGUAUCCGCAGGUAGCCACAAUUCAGGCCCCGAGAACGUACAUGACAGUGGGUUCAGGGACACUGGAAAAGACUCCUGAAGCGUGGCAGAUGAAGUUCUUCACUCGCGUCGAUGCCGAAGCCAACUCCCCCCAGGAGGAGAGAAGAAACGUCAAGCAGAAAUUGCAGCGGGUGUUUAUUCACCCGACAUCGGUGAACUUCAAGAACUGCGAGUUCGACACGCAGUGGGUGGCCUUCAGCGAGAAGCUGCAGACAACCAAAGUGUUCAUAAAAGAUGUCUCCACAGUCUCUGUCUUCGCCCUCCUCCUCCUUUCCUGUUGCGAGCUCGUUCCCUCACAGGGACAAGGGGCUGUGUGGUUAGACGGGUGGCUACAACUGCGGUGCCCUGGUUUGAUUAGCAGUUACGUGAAGCAUCUAAAGGGUUUAUUUCAUUUCUUUUUAAAUGAAUUUUAUUCCUUAUCUGCAAUAUCCCUAACACGGAGGGAGCAGCAGCUGCAGCAGCAGGGGGAACUAGACUAUGACCUCCUCGCCUUAAGAGAGCAUGCAGCUGCUCCGUCUAAGACUAAAUUCGUCUUCUUUGGAACCCCCGAGGCUCUGCAAAGAAGGCAGAGUCUUACAAUGCUUGUUAAGAGGCUCGUUGAGCUCGAGGGACACCUGGUCUAA